ACUAUAUGCCCGCCCCUCUUCCAAACUCGCCUAUAAAAUUAAAUCUGACUGGGAUGGUCGACAGAGCGGAAAAGUCAGGGUCUAGAUCAAAACUUUGCACAAUGGAGCUUUGGCCAUUCGCACUGUUUACAAUAAUUUCCUCGUUUUACAGCGUUUUGGCGCUGCCACCUAAAGGCGUGUGUCUCCUUGAAGUGGAUGAGGGACCUUGCAGAGGGAAUAUCGAGCGCUAUUACUACAACACUAUCACCCAGAAGUGCGAGGUUUUCUACUAUGGAGGCUGCCAAGGGAAUGCCAAUAACUUCAAGAGUUAUCAGGAGUGCCACAAGACAUGUUACAAAAUUCCCAAGGUUCCCCCGAUCUGCAGGGUUCCCAAAGACGAGGGACCCUGCCGUGCCCUCUUACCCAGUUACUUCUUCAACAUGACCACCAUGCAGUGCGAGCCGUUUUCUUAUGGGGGAUGUCAAGGGAAUUCCAACCGCUUCCAAAACCUAGCCUCUUGCAUGGAGUAUUGCAGUCCAAAACAAUUUCCUCCUGUGCUCUGUCGGGAACCCCUGGACAAGGGCAAGUGUUCAGCUUCCAUAACUCGCUAUUACUAUAAUGCAGCCACCAAGAUGUGUGAGGAGUUUGUCUACUCGGGCUGCGGAGGGAGCAACAACAACUUUGUCUCGCUGCAAGGCUGCAUGGACGUGUGUGGUAAAGGUGUGCAAAUGAUGGAAAAAGCACACAGGCCAAGGAAAAUUUAAGCGAAUGAGACAAUAUAGAAAACCCAUGCCAUCCUUGCAGGUGUAAAUGUCUGACACUUGCUCUCAGGAAUUCUCUCUUGGAGAAUUUCAUAAUGGAAACUAAUGUGUGCUUCUUUAUACUGAAAUAUGGACCAGGUUGUAUGUGCUGUUAUGCGACAUAUAUCGACCACAUUUGUAAUGGCUUGUGAGCCUUUUUCUGAAUUUUAUUGACUGUAUGCUGUUGGUAAACUCAGGACUAAUAUUCCUGAUUAUGUAUUUUGAUAUUGUAUGUAUGUAAUAUAUGUUUUGUAUAAGUAACAAACUACUUUUUGUUGUUCAGAUACAUUUUUUGAUACAAAAUAUCCUGAAUUUGUUAAAGAAUUCUGCCUUUUCUUUACUUUGAUGAUGCUUUUUUAA